AUGGCUGCGGUACUUGGAAACAGCACCCGAACUACGGGAACUUCAGAUUGUGAGCUGAGAAGCCACUUCAGAAGGAGAAAGAGGAGGAGGUCGACAAGAAAAGAGAGAACCAGUAUGCUGUCAUCCUUCAUCAGCCCUAUGAAGAUUAGAGAUAGUGGGACAACAACAUCAAAAGACAAUGGAGACACUUCAAAUAGCAGCAGCGCUGAGGUGAAGGAGAAUCGUCAUAGCACAAACCAAGUGGACUAUUCCACCAUACGACAACCUUCACAUCAUCAACCAGCUCUUUACACUGACAUCUCCAGAGAGCUCUCCAGGACGACUGCUCUAAAGAGGAAGCAGCCAUUGGUGGAAGGAAAAGACAGUCUUCUCUAUGAACUCCAGUUGAUCUGUAAGAGGACGGCCCAUUGCUUUACUACAGAUAGCACCACAACUCCAUCUGCACUGUCAGUUGAGGGAGGAGCAUCACGCGGGAGUGACGCAACCUGUCGGAAGACAAUGAGGACUUCCUGGUCUGUCACAAAGAAGAACGCCCUGGUGCAGUUGAACGAGCUGAGACCAGGUCUACAGUAUGAGAUAGCAUCCUGGACAGGGCCAGUUCACGCCCCUGUGUUCACUGUAGGAGUAGAGGUGAACGGUCUCAGGUUCGAGGGCCGAGGCCCCACCAAGAAGAAGGCUAAGAUGAGAGCAGCAGAGAUGGCUCUUAGGUCCUUCAUCCAGUUCCCCAAUGCCCCUCAAGCUCACAUCACCAUGGGAAACCUCAACUUUAUCAACACCACAGCACCAACAGACUUCACCUCAGACCAGGCCGUUCUCAUCCCUGACACGCUCUUCAAGGAGUUUGAGCACAGCCACAGGACAGGGGGAAAGGGACAGGAGUUGCUCUCCAGCAUUUGUAACCAUGGGAGACUAGUAUGCCUGACCCUUGACCUGAUGUCCUCAGCCAAUCAGAAGAGGCAGAGGAUCGGUUCCUCCAUUGUUGAGGAGCUGAGGCCUGUGGCUUUGCUCAAUGAGUUAAGGCCAGGCCUGAGGUACGUCUGCCUGAUGGAGAGAGUGCGGGGCAGGCCGAUCAGGAGCUUUGUGAUGGCAGUGAGGGUGGAUGGAAGGAUAUUUGAGGGCUGUGGGCGCAGUAAGAGACUGGCUCAAGCCCAGGUAGCUACCUCAGCCCUACAGGACCUGUUUAACAUCAGUCUGGGGCCUGAGACUAGCAUCAGUCGUACUGCCAGCUGGGCCAAGAGCUCUCAGCUACCUCAGUGCUUUGCAGAGUCAAUCUUCCACUUGGUGAGAGAGAAACACAGUCAGCUAGCUGACUGUUACUGCCCUACCUCCCACAGCCGUCACAAAGUACUGGCAGGCAUCGUAAUGACCAGAGGUUUUGACGUUAGACGAGGCCAGGUGGUGUCUCUGGGGACAGGGACCAAGUGUUUCAGUGGAGUGUGUGUCAGUGACCAGGGAUGGACGGUUAAUGACUGCCAUGCUGAGGUCAUCACAAGGAGGGCAUUCCUCCGCUUUCUCUACACCCAACUGGAGCUCUUUCUCUGUAACCGGCCAGACAGUUUGGAGCAGUCCAUCUUUGUGCGAGACAAAGAGUCUGGGUACAGACUGAGAGAUGGUAUUCUGUUCCAUAUGUAUGUGAGCUCAUCGCCCUGUGGGGACGCACGCCUCAAUUGCCCCUACGAGGUAACAGCUACACACCACAGCUGGCACAGAUUUGUAAGGAAGUUACGCUGCCAUCUGAGGAUGAAGAUGGAAGGUGGUGAGGGUACACUUCCUGUCAGUGUACGGAGAGCCAAUCAGAAAUGGGACAGGGGGUUGCCGAGGGAACCUCCGGUCACCAUGUCCUGCACAGAUAAAAUGGCCAGGUGGAAUGUUCUAGGUCUCCAGGGCUCUCUCCUGUCUCACCUGGUGGAGCCGGUGUACCUCCACAGCCUCACUGUGGGCAGCCUGUGCCACACGGGUCACCUGGGAAGGACCAUGGCACGACGCAUGGGGCACAUCAGCCCCACGUCCUCCUCCUAUAGACACAACAGGCUACUCCUCGGCUGCCUCAGCAGCAGUGAGGGUCGGCAGCCAGGGAAGUCCCCCAGGUUCAGUGUUAACUGGAGUGCUGGAGACGGGGAGCUAGAGGUGCUGGAUACCUCUACAGGCAGGAGGAAAGGCUCAGGGACACCAUCCAGACUCUGCAAGAGAUCCCUCUUCACUCGUUGGGAGAGACUACACCACCAGGUUAGUCAUGAACAGGGGAGCUAUUCAGUAUGCUUUACCCAGAACCAGUGGAGGCUGCUGAGCAGGCCAGGACAAGUGUUGGGUGACGAGAAGGCCAUAAAGACGUACUGUGGAGCUAAGAUGACAGCGGGGGCCUACCAGAGAGCCAAGCAGAAGUUUGUCCUCUCACUGCAGGAUGCAGGCCUGGGCAUCUGGAACAGGAAACCACCAGAGCAGGAGCACUUCCAGAGCAGCGUGUAA